CGAAAUAAAUAGUCCUUUCAAUAAUUUAACUCGCGUGCAAAGCAACGGAACAAAUAAUGAAGAAGAAAUGAACGAAUUUAUAUAAAACAACAUUUUCUGCUACAACAUUUACAUAACCUCAAUCGUGUCUUAAAAAGGCGGCAAAAUGGCAGAUGAACUCUCUUCUGAUGAAGACAUCGGCGGCGAGAUUAGAAGCGAAGACGAGAACGAAUUGGAAGUAAUACAAGAACCGGGAGAAGGUGAAGUCCUUCAGGAAACAGAGAAUGUGGAAGCGCAAGAAGAUGCCAAUGGCGAUGGUGAAAAUGCACAAAAGCAAGAAGCGAAAGUAAAACGAGUGCGUAACCCGCAACCGAAAUUAAAUGCAGACAGAUUGAAAGGACCCAGAGGAAUACAAACAGUGGAAGGUAUUUUGAAAAAAAUCAAAUUCAAAGGUCGCGGUCACGAGGAGGAAGAUUUAAAUAGUCUGAUGAGAGGAUAUGAGUAUUGGUGUCAUCGUCUCUUUCCCAAGUUUACCUUCGACGACUGCCUGGAUAGAAUUGAGCGGUUAGGCAAAAAAAGAGAAGUUCAGACUUAUAUCAAGAGAGUCAGGAUGAAUUUGCUGUUCGACGAUAUCGAUGGUACAAUACCGAAUGCUGAUGACGACGAGAAUGAAACUGAAACCAAUGACACUCAGAAUACAGCGAGUGAACCAUUCGACACGCUAUUCUCUCGUGAAGAAUCAAAUGCUAACAGCGCACCUACACAGGAACCAGCCAAUCAAAUUACGUCGGAGAUGUUGGAACGAAUCCGAAUAAACCGUGAACGUGCUCAGAGAAUCAGAAGGCAGAAAAUGAUUAUCUCUGCACCUGUCGAUGUGAGCCCUUCUGUCAGUCAAAACCAACAACCUGUUGAUCCUGAUUUUGUACUUCCCGAAGUGCCUCGUAGUCAAAAUCAUACUGAAAGCACGCAAAAUGACACACAAUUGGUGUCUUCUAAUGUGAUGGAAGAGUCUGAAAUGCCAGUUGAUGUACCUCGUGAAGAAAGUUUAUUGUCAUCUGAAGAUGGUAGCCGAAACAUUACAAUUAGCGAUAUAGAUUCACAAAAUUGAAGAUUUAUCAAAGCCCUAGGUGUUGUGUAUCAUUAUUGAAUGUAGUUAAAUAAGUAAAAAAAAGUUAAAUAAAUGUUGUAGCUGAAAUUUA